AUGACGAUCAACGACACUGGUCGCCAUGAAACUAACGGCACGGCCACCGCUGCCUCUGUGCCAGCCCCCUUGGAGGAUUCCACCCCGCCAGCCUUGUUUCAUCGUUCCCUUCACCAAAGACCAUACAAAGUCACGUCGGCAAGGGGCAUAUACUUAGCGCUCGCCGACGGCCGAGUCGUCAUGGACGCCUGUGGUGGUGCGGCCGUAGCCUGCCUCGGCCAUGGAAAUGAAGAAGUCCUCCAAGCCGUCCACGACCAGAUGAGUACGGGGGUCAGCUACUUGCACUCUCUGACCUACACCACCGACGCAGCCGAAGAGCUUGCACACCAUCUGAUCGACGGGCCUCAAGGUGGCGGCCGUUUCGGACUUGAGAGAGCAUACAUCGUCAAUAGCGGCAGCGAAGCCAUGGACGCCUCGCUGAAACUCGCGCGGCAGUAUUUCUUCGAACUCGGCCAAGGCGAGCGCACCCAUUUCGUGAGUCGAAAGCAAAGUUAUCACGGCAACACGGUCGGUGCGAUGAACGUCAGUUCCAAUCUACCCCGAAAAGUGCCCUACGCGUGUUUCCAACUUGAUCAUUUCAGCUGGGUUACGCCGGCGUACGCGUACCAGUAUUCGCACUGGAAACAAGCUGAGACAGAAGAGCAAUUCGCGGCACGUCUGGUAGAGGAACUCGAUCAGCACUUCCAACAGAUUGGGCCGGAGAAAAUCAUUGCGUUCGUCGCCGAGCCCCUCGUCGGUGCCACGAGUGCCUGCACCCCAGCUCCAAAGGGGUACUUCAACGGCGUCCGGCGAGUGUGCGACAAGUAUUCGAUCCUCCUGAUCCUGGAUGAAAUCAUGUGCGGCAUGGGCCGGACAGGCACGCAAUUUGCAUUCGAGCAAGAAGACGUGGUCCCGGAUAUUAUGACCAUCGGCAAGGGGUUGGGCGGUGGCUAUGCGCCGGUCGCCGGCAUGCUAGUCCACAAGCGCAUCAUUGACGUCUUGAAAAAGGGCACGUCCAGCUUCAACCACGGACAAACGUACCAGGCCCACCCUGUCGGGUGCGCUGCCGCUUUGGCGGUGCAGAAGAUCCUGCGCCGCGACGGCAUCAUUGAGAACUGUGCACGGAUGGGAAAAUUCUUGUAUUCGCUGCUUGCCCAGACAUUUGCAGAGGCCAAAUAUGUCGGCGACAUCCGCGGUCGCGGUCUGUUCUGGGGUAUGGAGUUCGUGCAAGACAAGGACUCGAGAGCCUCGUUCCCGCCGGCCACGGCGUUUGGAGCGCGCUUCCAGGCUCUGGCGUUCGAGUUGGGGGUGGCCGUGUAUCCCGGUGCGGGCACUGUGGACGGGACCAGAGGUGAUCAUGCCAUUCUGUCUCCUCCCUAUAAUGCGACGGAGGAGGAGGUAAGGAAGAUUGUCCAGGUGCUCAAAACCGCUUAUGACAGGUUGGAAACGGAGGUGGACGAGGCUGAGCCAGGGACAAACUCUGGGGUCAGACAAAGAGGGCCAAAUUAG